CAAUAAGAAGGACCAAUACCAUUAUACCACUCAAAAACCCUAAUUUUCCCAUUUAUACCAUUCACUGCUUUCAAACUUUUCAUUUCCGUCUGCCUCACUCUAACCCAUCUCAUCAGCGACACUUAUUAUUCGUCAAAUAGAUCAAUCGUAGUUGAAAUUUCCAUUUUUUGUUUCCGUGUUUUCAGUCCAAGAGUUUGGGCUCAGUCCUUCGACUUCAAUGGCGGAGGACAACAAAGAUGCGAGUGAUUACAGUUCGGAGGAUGAAGGAACUGAAGAUUACAGACGCGGUGGAUAUCACAAGGUUCAGAUUGGCGAUACUUUCAAAAAUGGGUGCUAUGUGGUUCAGAGUAAGCUUGGAUGGGGGCACUUUUCCACUGUUUGGCUCGCUUGGGAUACUCACAAAUUGCGAUAUGUUGCCUUGAAAAUUCAAAAGAGUGCUCAGCAUUACACUGAAGCAGCGAUGGAUGAAAUAAAGAUUCUCAAACAAAUUGCUGAAGGGGAUGUAGAGGAUAAGAAAUGUGUUGUGAAGCUUUUGGACCACUUUAAGCAUUCAGGGCCUAAUGGCAACCAUGUUUGUAUGGUUUUUGAAUUCCUUGGUGAUAAUCUUCUCACCCUUAUAAAGUAUAGUGAUUAUCGAGGUGUUCCCCUUCCCAUGGUCAAAGAAAUUUGUUACCAUGUUUUGGUCGGUUUGGAUUAUUUGCACCGCGAGCUCUCUAUAAUACACACCGAUUUGAAGCCCGAGAAUGUCUUGAUUCUCUCACCAAUAGAUCCAUCUAAGGAUCCUAGGAAAUCCGGAGCCCCACUUAUACUUUCAAAAACCAAAGAUAAGACUGUGUCCAGGAAUGGGACCACAAAUGAUAAAAGUUCAAAUGGAGAUCUAACCAAGAACCAGAAAAAGAAAAUGCGCAAAAAGGCUAAAAAAGCAGCUCAGAAGGAAGGUUCCGAGGUAGCAGAGGAGGAUUCUGAAGCACCGGAGCAAGAUAAUUGUAGUAAUGAUGUGAAACCGAAUGUAGAAAAUGGUGAAGGUAAACCUAAUAGUUCUGCUAGUUUAGAUGAAUCAGCAAAGACUUCUGAAAUUCAGGAUGUUCCACAAGGAAGUCAAGUUUCUAGGAGAGGUAGCCGCUCUACCAGAAAGAAGUUGCUUGCUGCUGUUGAUCUCAAGUGCAAGCUGGUGGAUUUCGGUAAUGCUUGUUGGACGUAUAAACAAUUUACGAAUGAUAUUCAGACAAGGCAGUAUAGAUGUCCUGAGGUUCUUCUUGGUUCCAAAUACUCAACUCCAGCUGAUAUGUGGUCCUUUGCUUGCAUUUGCUUUGAGCUUGCCACUGGUGAUGUUCUUUUCGAUCCUCACAGUGGUGAUAACUAUGACAGGGAUGAGGACCAUCUGGCAUUGAUGAUGGAGCUUCUUGGAAUGAUGCCUCGCAAGAUUGCUCUUAGUGGCCGCUAUUCCCGGGACUUUUUCAAUAGAUGUGGUGAUUUGAGACACAUUCGUCGGUUGCGGUUCUGGCCUAUCACUAAGGUGUUGACGGAGAAAUAUGAUUUCAGUGAGCAAGAUGCAAGUGACAUGGCUGACUUCCUUGUUCCAUUACUUGACUUUGUUCCUGAUAAGAGGCCAACGGCUGCUCAGUGCCUCAAUCAUCCAUGGAUGAGUGCAGGUCCUCGGACUCUUGAGCCCUCUUUGACUAACGUGCAACCUGAUGCUGCUAACGGUGAAAAGUCUCUAAAGUCUAGGGAAAAGACCGAGCAUGAGGCUGUUGAAGUUGGUAUGGGAAAUAUGGUGAUUGAUGGAAAUCAAAUGCCACUCAAAGAUUUUUAACCUACAAAGCCAUUGGAGUAGAGACAAUUUGGCUUAUGUCGGUGGUUUAUGCAACCUGUUACUUUUAUAUGGUAAGUUUUGAUGGUCCUUGGAGCAUGAUACUCUAUUAACUGUUACUGUGUGCAAAUGGGUCAUACUUAAGAGGUUAUGAUUUGUGAAACCCUUCAUAAGGUAGGGCAAAGGAAGCUGGAUGCCUAUUACAGUGGAGUUUAACCACUUCUUUCACCUCUUACAAAACUGUCUAGACUAGAAGAUAGCUUCCUUCACAUUCAAUAGAGUGCGCAGGUUCUUGAAUUAUCAUCAGGAGAAUAUUUUAAUUUUUUGGAGAGUUUGAUAUUUAUCUCUAGAUUAGGUGUUCUUCUUCCAAAAUGUUAUAUUUUAGGAAUUUGAACUGUACAUUUGAAUGAGUUCUUUUUUUUGUAUCUAUAUCAGAUUUUGUUGCUGUAGUAGACAUUACUGUGACAUAUUUUGUUUCUUAAUUUUAACAUUUUAAAUGAUUUUACUUUCGGGGAUUUUUUUUA